AACACACGCGUUCCUUAGCAUUAUAUGCUUAGGUGUUGAUCAAUUCGACGAUCGUUGCGUAGCUAUACUAGACCAGAAAACACUUGUGCCGAGCACGUGGUAGCAAAUGGAUUGACGAGGUAACAGCGCUCGAUAUGUGGCGAAGACAACUACAAAAAACCCGCCAGCAUACACGUCGCCCCCGAAGUGUCCAAGCUGAACUACAACUUAACGCCGAAUCGUCAAAGCUGCAUAAGGAGGAACAUGCACAAAUCAAUCACUCGUUGGAGACGGCCAAACACCGAAAUUUCACCUUGCAGAAGUCGUUAGAAGUUGCUAAAGCGCGGCUUCGAUCUCGUGCCACAUUCAGUCCUUUGGAAACGAUCUUGCAAAAGGCGAUUGGAAAUUACGUGAAACAAUCUUCACUUGUUCCUUCCAGUACGGUAAAAGCAUACGGUCCUACGUACGUUUAAACGAAAAUGUUGAUACGAAAACAGAAUAAAAUAAAUCAAAUAAUCAU